AUUAACAAUGGAAAAAAACAGAAAGGCUUUCGAUGCAUCAGAAAUAAAACAUUUGUCCACUUGUUGAUCAAUAAAAAAAAUGUUGGCUCGCUCUAAAAUAGAAAUGCUUUUCGACACACGUAUCGCACGAACAAAUUGCUUGCAAUUUUCAUCCCUCGCGAGCGAGUGGGAUUGUUCGUGGCCGGAAAUUCCUUUACCUUUUGACGCGCUUCGAAUGUCGUCUGUGUCGGAUGGGUGGCUCAUGUAGGGAUGGGGGAAACGAAGCCGAUCGGCUCCUAUUCUCUCUCUAGCGUGGGUCACACAUUUAUGCGCUCGAUCUCUUGCUGGUGGCACACACGCACGCACGAACGGACACAGUGGGGGGAAAGGCGCAUAUACCACCACCCCAUCGCUCUGGAGGUUCGAUUUGCCAUCAAAGCGCGUAAACGCGAUCAAUCUUUGGUCCCUCAAGGGAGGGCCUCUGGUAGGGUCAAGAAAGCAACGAUGCUACGCGUGUAAAGUAUUGUGUGUUGCUCACUGUUUCCCCCCCCCCCCCCCCCCCCCCCUUUUUAUGCUCUCCUUGUGACGAAUGUGGCGAGGCGCUGGCUUCCCGUUAUGCGCGUGUCGCCACCAGGAUCUCGGACAGGAAGCACACGCGAAGGGAGUUGUUUCGCCUUCCCCUUCUGCCCGUACAUAACGGCAAGCUUUUAAGGAAAAGCAGAGAAGGAAUAGGUUUUAUGCGCACCCUUGUUACACGUGUGAUCGAUCCGACUUGCGCGCGACUUCGCGAUCGAUCGCGCGCGGUGGUUUGUGGUAGUAUCGGUUGUGGUCGAAUCUCAACUGAGUGAGAGCGAUCGAGAAAGAAAGCACGCGUUCUCGGUGGCGUUGUUGUUUACCACACACCAAACGCGCGGCAGGCAAGCGCGAGAUGUGUCCCCGCGACAACGAAUGGUGCGCGGAGAGAGAGAGCCUGCGAAGGUUUCUGAGCCGAGCGAGCGUGCACGGCGUUUAACGCCAAUCAGUUCACGAUUCGAUCGCGUUGCGUAUAGGUCGCAUCGUCGUCGGUGCUCUGCUACUGCUGCCGUCGCGAAGAGUGCGUUCCUUGCCGGGAGUGAAUGUUUUUAUGUUUUGUGUUUGCGUUCCUUGUUUGAUGCUGUUUAAACAAAAAAUUGCUUUUCGUUGUGUUUUAAAAAAGUAAAAAAUUUGCUGCAAAAAAAUGAUGUUAAUUGCCCGCGCAAGAUGCGCAAAAUCUCGAGACAUUGCGCACAGCUGGAGAUUUAAAUUGAGUUCAAUUAGCACAGGGACGCGGUGCAGGAAGCAAAAACAACAAAACAGUGAUUGUGAAGUGGAUUGGCUGUUGUGCUAGAACCGCUUUUCUAAUGCGCUAAUGGAAUUGCAAUUGGAUUUCUCCUUUCUUUCGUGUUGGUUUUAUUUGUUGUUGAUGCAUUGGAUAGAAGAUCAAUAGAGGGAGAGAGAACGAGAGGGGUCUUAUUAGUUUCGCGAAUCGAGUUAGAAUUUACCGAGAAAAAAAAAAAACAAAUCAGAGUGAGUGUUUAGCGGUGGUGGAGGUUGCCGAUCGGUUGCGAAAUCGAUUAGCGGUUCUCCACCUUCGCUGUGUAAUAAGCCUCCGGAUCGCGAGAGGGUGAGAAAGGAAGAGGAAGAGGAAAGGAAAAAAAGAACACAUACGCAUGUUGAUGAAGAUGACGAUGAUGAUGAUGAUGAUGAUGAUGAUGGUGUCGAUCGUUGAAGAAUGAACGUUCAUUUUCUUCUCUCGCUUCUUGAAUUUCGAUACGCGUGCCCGUGUGCUCGUGUGUGUGUGCGGGGGCAACGCAUCUUAAAGGUGGCCUGCGGGAAAGGAGGGAAAGGGGACCGCAUGGCGGGAGACUCUGGCGCCACUGGGCCAGUCGAGCGCGCGCCCGUCUUGCUGCGGGUUUGGUUCGCGCACACGGUAUCGAUCAUCAAUGUUUGAUUCCGGUGCGCCGUGUUCCCUUUCCCUUCCCGGUGGGCGGUGUGUUUUGUCCCCCACUCCGCGGACAAGAUCACUGGCCCGCGCGGAACCGCAUCAACAAAACGUGAUUUAGAACAGAUAUUCGAUUCUGGUGUGCGGCGGCGUCACCACCAACAGCCCCGUUUGCGCACUAUUUAACGCCCCCUUUUGCCGCGCAUAGAAGGAAAAAACAGCGGUGUAGUAGCGUUUGUAUGUGCUCUCUGGCGUUAGGUGGUGGUAGCUAGGGGAAGGUGGAAUAAAGUUGUAGAAGGGAAGACAAAAAAAAAACCCAACCACAACACAACACUCGCACCCGGUCGCGCUCGUUCGCACUCGCGUGAGAGUGAGUGCGUGAGUCGGUGGCGUCGUCGUCGGUCGUCUCUUCGGUGGCGCGUACCGAAUAUUUGUUUACUUUGUGUGUAUCGUAAACGAAACGAGCAGAAGGCACCAACAUAACACAACACUCCUCUACUACCUUGAAGCGCACAUCUAGAGAAGGAAAGGGAUGCACAAGGGAAAGGAGAGAAUCAUCAUCAUGCGAAGGAGGGAAAGGACGGAUACGGAUUUUGUUUAUUUUGAUUGCCUUUCGUAUUGACAUUAGAGAUAAAUAGGAGAGAGAGCGGGGUGGGGGGGGGGGGGGUGAUAGGCGAAAAAAAGUGCAGCAAAAGCGACCCUUCCCCCCUUUCCCCCUGGAUUGUGUUUCCAAUGGGAUGGGAAGGAGUUUGUGUUAUUUGUUGCGAGUUAGAGUUCUAAACCUUCUUUUUUGCAAUAUCUGCGCGUAUGUGUGUGUGUGUGUCAAUGACCGGAAACCGAAAAUGAUCGUUUCACAUUUUGUCGCGAAUUUUGCAUUUUUUUCCUCGCUGAUCGAUCACUUUUUUGUUGACACCCUUGUUUUCUUUGGAAUUGUGAUUGGAAAUGUGCAAAUUUUCUCUCAAAUCUUAUCAGACCAAUCACAAGCGGGGAAUGGAAAAUCUAAACACUCACAUGAUGUAUUGGCACAUCAAGCUAUUUUUUUUUUUGGCACGGGUUUCUCCCAGUACGCCAUUUUUUUUUCUAAUUGCUACGUUUCGUUUUUUCUUAUUACCGUGUACCGUCAUUACCGAAAGUAAAUCACGAUUGGAACUAAUUGGAAGCGUUUAGGGAGUGUGCAGAUGCGAAUGUUCGCUGCCGUUGUUGAGCGACCUAUAAAUCAUCCUCACCCUUCAUAACACAAGUUCAAGAUUUGGAGCAAUGGAACACACUCCCCCAACUGGCACGGGAAGGGAAAGCUGCGAAAUGGUUUGCUCUGCUUUAUCAUUUUGCACUGCCCAGGGACGGAAUAGGGGGCUGCAUAGACGUGGUUAUUUCGUGGCGUAGUCUUUUUUUUUUCUUUGGUUGCUGUGUGCUAGAACAUCUUUCUCGCGAGCCUCACUAAUGGUGGUGGUGUGUCGGCGCCAUAAAUUAUCAGUCAGAUUGUGUGUUUGGCCUUUUUUUUGUUGUAAUGGUUGUACUUGUGCGAAAUGGUUGCGCUAAAAUCCUUUAAAUUUUCUUUCAAUUCCUAUUCUGUUUCAAUGUCUUUAAAUGAUAUGAAUAAUAUUCAAAAUAUUUGGAAAUGUGUACAAAAAAUCAUUGCAAAAGUGACAAAGGACCUUGCGGUAGCCCUGUAUCUCAUAUGGAAAAGAUCAUAGUUCACUGUCAAACCUUCUCCCGGUCAAACCCUAAACCAAAAUUUGCGAAUAGCACUGCGAUGAAUACACCCGGUUGCUAAAUGGAGAAGUUGGUUGACCUCUUGUUGAUUUAUUGCGUAAAAAAUGGUCCCAGUUCCGUUCGCAAACCCCCGGCGACACAACUGCCCGUCUUUUGCGAUAACCUUCGUUGUAAUAAAAUUUGUUCGCAUUUUAAAGCAUCAAACCGUGUGGGCAAUAAUAAUGCCUAGGAGUUUGUUGUUAAUAAGGAUUGCCUUCUGGUUUCGGGCCUGUGAUUAGUCGGGAAGCCGAUUAGCUCUCACCCAGUUGUUGUGAUUUUCGGCUCUAUCUCUAUCAAUCCUAAUUACACAGGGACAAAUCAAGCACGCUCUAAUUGGAACCAGUUGGUUACUAGACGCUCAUUUACAGGGAAAGCUGCAAUCAGAAAAUACAGAAGGACAUGUUAUGCUAACCUUUUCGCUUGUAUGUUUCACCUUACGAUAGAAUGUGUGUUGCAACCAGAAGGAUUGCCAGUUGUCGUAAAAGCAUUCGCUGAACCCCGCGUUGUUGAAUGAAGCGAUAAAGUUUAUAUGAUUUUGACUCGUGUUACCUCGGGGCGUAGGACGACCUUUCUGAAGCCGUGUUCAAAAAUGCUUCCACUAUCCGGUUCCCUUGGUAUCUCUGCUAUCGGUAUUGGAAGCUACAGAUCGCCAGUGUAAAAUUGGACAUCUGCAACGAUCGCCCGCGAAAAGCCUGUCUUUUUGGGAUGUUUGUCAUCAUCUGUGUUUAGCCGGUUUUGUUAGUUCACACUUUUCUCCGAUAGUAUUGGUGCGUGUUGCUGCUAUCCUUCAAAACAAGGUGUUUCUGUUGUUUCAUCCUUGUUUUUGUCAUAGUUUGCAUCAUGUUUUUGUGCUAAAAUCUCAUAAUGUUGGAGUAGUAGUUUGUAGUGGAGAUGACUUCUUUUAAGAUCUGUUAUUUCAGACAGACAAUCGUUUGCGUAAGCAUCAUUUGGACUGUUCAUGAUCAUUUCAUGGUUUGAUCCUGACUUGUUGCUGAAGGGUUUUUGAUGAAAGAAUUUAAUUGUCCAACGCCAUUGAAAGUUUUUUUACACACUCCUCCACAAAACUAAUUCUGCAAUUAGCAGUUAAUCGUAAUUAACAAAUUUGGAGUUAUGAUGGGAGUUGAACAUACGACCUGCGGUACAUCAGGCCGAUUCUUUCCGGAUGACACUAUGCAGUCGUCUCGGCAUUAGACAUGUUCUGUGGCCGUUUUAUUUGACUUCAAACAAACGUUUGUAUCAAUUUUGAUCCGGAUUUUCUGCUUCAAAAUGAUCAUAAAAAACGGAUCUUACAUAGCAGAAGUGUACAAAAAAAUUACAUAGGGUGUUGUAAAGAGUGUAUAGAUUGCUUGCCUGUUACAAAAUCACGACCAGUGCAAAUGAGAUUGUAAAGAAGCAUUCGCAGCUACCGGGUUUUCGUACCGUGUGUGUUAGAAUCUCACAACAUAAGCUAGACAAACGUUCAAUAUAAUCAUCAUCAUCAUCAUCGCCGUGUUCGUCGCUAUCAUCAUCAUGUUGGAGUUUCCUUUUUUGUUCGCUCGUAAAGAUAUUCCACACACAAAAAAAAAAACUGAAUUGCCUUCACCCGAUUCGAGGAGAAGAAAUCCAAUUAUCAUCGUGAUAUCGUACUCUUAGCUAUGCGGGAUUCCAAUCCGCGACCGGGAAAGGAUUAUAGCAAAUCGUGCCGAGUCAUAGCGAUUGAAGAACGAACCAUUCCCACACCGGGUGGCGAAAUACCAGUGAAAUAGAAAAAACCAAACCCAAAAAGAGAAAAUCACCUGUAAGACGCGUUGACUGUGGGAAGGUGUUAUAAGUGAUAAUAAUCGUGAACCGAUCGCGCGCAAUCUAAACCAUCUCGAUUUACUCUUCAGGCGUGUGUUUUUCUUCCUUCGUAGUAAUAGUAGUAGUAAUAGCAGCAGUGGAUAAACUUGUUGCUGGAAUGUUAUGUGGUGCAGUUCUUUCGCGCUUCGUAUGAUAGAGUUAAUGGAAGUUCUAGCAAUCUUCUCCUGAGAUACCGUUGCGCCGGCAUUGAGUUAUGUGAUUUCGUUACCGUGAUACGUUCCGAAAGUGUCAGCAAUACAAGUAAAGCGGUAAAGGUACUACAAGUUCGUGUUGAGACGAUCAGAAAGUGUCUGGUUCAAUACUGUGCCAUUUCAAUGCUUCACCCACUGGAUUAUAACACACCGUCGGGGGCAGAAAUGGCGAAUUACGGCAAUGAUUACUAUUUCACAAUGGACACCGACGAUGUGGAAUCCUCGAGCAGUAGCACGAUGUCGAGCCUGAACAGUCUGUUUUCCUUCACCAGCCCGGCGGUGAAGAAGCUGCUCGGCUGGAAGCAGGGCGACGAGGAGGAAAAAUGGGCCGAAAAGGCGGUGGACAGUCUGGUGAAGAAGCUGAAGAAGCGAAAGGGCGCCAUCGAGGAGCUGGAGCGUGCCCUCUCCUGCCCGGGACAGCCAUCCAAGUGCGUCACCAUACCGCGAUCGCUCGAUGGACGGCUGCAGGUAUCGCACCGCAAGGGGCUGCCGCACGUCAUCUACUGUCGCGUGUGGCGCUGGCCGGACCUGCAGAGCCACCACGAGCUGAAGCCGAUCGAAACGUGCCAGUAUCCGUUCAGCGCGAAGCAGAAGGAGGUGUGCAUCAACCCGUACCACUACAAGCGCGUUGAGAGCCCGGUGCUGCCGCCGGUGCUGGUGCCCCGCCACUCGGAGUUUGCGCCGGGCCACUCGCUGCUGCCCUUCCACCAGAUGAACGAGCCGAACAUGCCGCACAACGUGAACUACUCGAACACGGGCUUCAACAACUCGCACAUGGGCGGCGGAGGUGGUGGUGGUGGAGGGGGUGGCGGGGGUGGAGGAGGCGGUGGAAAUGGUGGCAAUGGUGGCAAUGGUGGGGGCGGAGCAGGCGGUGGACCGAACUCGCCCAUUUCGUCGCACAUGGGACCGAACAGCCCGAUGUCGUCGGUGUCGAGCCCGGGGCCAAUCAGCUCGAACCCGCAGAGCCCGUACGGGGCGCUGCCGGAGACGCCCCCGCCCGCCUACAGCCCGCCGGAGGAGGGCAACACGGUGAGCGGCGGCCAGGACGGCAACCAGAUGGACACGAACCAGAUGCACGGCGAGGUGGCACCGGUCAGCUACCAGGAGCCGCCGUACUGGGCGAGCAUAGCGUACUACGAGCUGAACUGUCGCGUCGGCGAGGUGUUCCACUGCACCAACACGUCGAUCAUCGUCGACGGGUUCACGAACCCGUCGAACAACUCGGACCGCUUCUGCCUCGGCCAGCUGAGCAACGUGAACCGGAACAGCACGAUCGAGAACACCCGGCGCCACAUCGGCAAGGGGGUGCACCUGUACUACGUCGGGGGCGAGGUGUACGCGGAGUGUCUGUCCGACUCGGCGAUCUUCGUGCAGAGCCGGAACUGCAACCAUCACCACGGGUUCCAUCCGAGCACGGUGUGCAAAAUACCGCCCGGCUGCUCGCUCAAGAUCUUCAACAACCAGGAGUUCGCCCAGCUGCUGUCGCAGUCGGUCAACCACGGCUUCGAGGCGGUGUACGAGCUGACCAAGAUGUGCACGAUACGCAUGAGCUUCGUGAAGGGGUGGGGCGCCGAGUACCAUCGGCAGGACGUGACGUCGACGCCGUGCUGGAUCGAAAUUCAUCUGCACGGGCCGCUGCAGUGGCUGGACAAGGUGCUGAUGCAGAUGGGUUCGCCGCACAACGCGAUCAGCUCGGUGUCGUAAGGGGGUGUGGGUGGGUGUGUGUGUGUGUGGUACGCGCGUCUUCAGACUAGACAUUUAGCGGUAAAGGCGGACGUGUGUUCGGACAGUUUGGUGUAAAAGAAUGUAGACUAAUACUGCUGGGCCGAGCGGAAGGGAUACGUGUUUGCUAGUAUCAGCCUAGUGACUAAACAUAGCAUCAUACUUAUCGUUUAAGACUAAAGGUGAAGUAAACUGGACGAUGCCAUUAUAGAACGGAAACGGGAAGAUUUCAACCAUCCUGAGCCAGAGCAAUCUAUUAAUUACGAAAAAAAAAUAGCGAAACCUCAUGCACGAAAAAAGGGCGAAAAAAGAGUACAUUUGAAGGUUUAGUCUUUAUUUUAGUGCAUUACGGGUUCGGCAUCCAAACACGCAGCACAGAAUGCUCCAGUUCGUACGUGCGCGAGAGUGUUUUCGAUGCAAGAAACGGUACGGUAAUGUAAUGUACGCAAGCCAGCUAGCAGUUUAAGGGGGUUUUGUUGAUAAGUGUCUUUAUACGUUUUAAUUGUUUGUUUUUUUAAUUUGCCCGACCUUUUAAGCAGAUGACAGAUUUAGCGUUAUAAGAAUGCUGUUUAGUUUCUUCGUACCUUGUUAAGAAUAUCCGUGUGCGCUGGUAUGGAAAGCGAGCAUAAGAAGAUAGUUAUAUCCGUUUACAUUUUAGCACGAUGGCGCAGCGUUGAACCGACUAAACCGAUGAUCCGGCAUCGCUUUACAGUAUGAUUAGGGGUUUGUUUUUAAAUACUGCUGCAUAAUGCGCCAAUUGAUGCACUUUUUUUUUGUUAUUGUGAAGAAAAGGCUGCAGUACCUGUGUGUGGGGCUACUAUUUGUCCCGCGAAGAACGAAUCAGCAACCAUGCAAUGGGUUUCAAUAAUGUAGGUUGUUUGACCUUAUUUUGGAGAAGUUACUACAGACAAACGUUGCUCUCCAGUUAACUGUGCCCCUGUGUGUUGACGGCAACCAGCAGCAGCUGCAAACACGCGGCGGUUGUGCAAACAAAAAAAGGUCCUAGCAGAGCGAGUGCAAUUUAUAUGUUCCCCCGAAAGAGUCAGGCCUAGUAGAUCACAAUCAAACGGGAUGGAUACGAUUUUUGAACGUGAUAAGAUUAUUCUGAUGCCAUCAAACAAACGUGCAACUAUGAGAAGAAUAUAGAGUUAAGACAAAAGAAAACGCAAGAUGCAAUUUAUUGUUUACAGAGAGUGGCGGUGUAUGAAAACUGCUUCCGCACGCGCGUGCACCCGUUUGGAGCUACGAUUUUCGUGUACUGUAAGUGUGGUGCAACAAAUUCUGCUCUAACAGUGUGUGUAUGUGCGUUUUUAUGUUACAAUAUAUCUUUUUUUUAUGUUUGUAGCAAAGUUUUAUUCAGUUGCUAGUAAAAUUAACUUGUUUCAUAGAGUUCGGUUUAAUAUAAAAGUUCUUAUAAGAUUUCUAAGAGAGCGAUAGAGAGAGAGAGGUUCGCUGAGAUGUAUGCUUUUUUUAUAAUGACGUUAUUCUUUAUUAUUGCUUGUGCUUCCCGCUGUGCUCGACCAGCAGAUUUAAUCUUGCGUGCGAGUGCAACCAAACCUUACAUGCCAACACUAAGCUUAGCGUUCACGCAGUUGAUAGUGCACGAGGGACGAUUCAACCCUUCAGAUUCAAUCUUUCUCCUACACUGUUUCAGUAUUUCAGCACCCCGAAACGAAACAUACACUCUCCGUACCUUGCUUUUUACUUGGUGGUUGAAGUGCUAAAAGAAAAGCUUUCACAAAUAUUGGCUCCCAAACGUUCUUCCCAUCCUUUGCCUAUGUGCCCACAACGCUAAUGACGCGUAAAAAACGUUUCCUUUGUGCAAUGCUUUCGUUAGUAGAAAGUAAGUAAGAUAAAACUGAAUUGAUUGCCUUAUAUUACAAAACAAAAAAAUAACAACAACAGUGUCGACGUUGUAGUGCCUCAAGCAGCUUGUAACAGACUAAUAGAUGUUUUGCAAAUGUUAUAUUUUGACAAAGAAAGGAGAUGCGCUUCUCUCUGCCUUGAACACAAUUGUGCCACCGCGAAUGCGAAAAGAAAACGGAACGGAAACGGUUCGGCCUUGAUUGGAUGAAACGAAAACCGAAAAGGACGACAAACGCUUUUAGACAGUGGACAGGAACGUGUUUGGCCUUUUGCAUAAAUGCCUUUGUUUUUGUUUUUAACUAGACGUUUAAGUGAAUGUGCAAGCCGAUAAAGCAUGCAAUACAGAAAUGCGCCUUAUUUUUCACGAUACACAAUAACAACAGCCUUUUCAAAGACAGGAUUCACGCAGGAUGGAGAUACUUCGACGCGUAAAGUUGGUCCGUACUUUGCUGUGGUUGAAUUUAUUUUUUCAUAAGCUCCAAAAUGCUUAACAGAUGAGGACGACGAAAUUAGAAAAAAAAAGAAACACAUUUAAAGAGUUUACCAAGGCCAUAUUACUGGCAACUGGGAAAUACGACCGGACUAUCAAACUAUUAAGUGUCGUGUUCGAUUAUGUAUUUUUAGCAAAUUGAUUCUCCUCAUCCGUGUGCGUGUGUGUAUGUGUGCGUGUGCCUGUGUGUGCGUGCUUCGUGCCUUGAAUUACGUUUGCGACUCUGUGUGCGUGUGUGUGCGUGUGUAUAUGCGUGUUCGUGUUUGCGUCUGUAUAGUGUGAAUUAUUUUGAAAUACAGUUACUUUUUAGACGGUAUACUUUAACACUACCAUAAAAGCGAAACAAUCAACUGUGUACUACACAGAUCUUAAACGAUUUGGAGAUAAAAACAAAAGAAGUGCGAAGUAGCAAAAGAACUAAGUGUACGAAACAAAAGCAAAAAAAAGUAGAACAAAAUGGAAAAUAACAGUUACAUGUAAAUAUUAGAGACCAGCGCAAUGAUUGAAUAGCUUGAAAUGCGUACAAAAUGAAACUGGUCCCCCAUACUUGUAUUAAAAAUGAUAAAUAUGAUAUACAAAACGUAAAACAAGAAGAUUAAACAAAAUCUACUCAAACAACAAAAAAAAAAAAACAUGCAAGCAGCAACAAGCCACAUGUUGAACCUAUAUCUUGCUCACUUAGAUUAAAGUAUGUUCCGGUAUGGCUCGAAAGCAAUUUAAAAAAGAAAAGGUGAAAAGGAGAGUUCAAAGAAGAAGAAAAAAAAAACAAAUGGAAACAAAUCAUGUUUUAUCACCUAAGUGUAGCUGCACAUUUACCGAAGCAAGAACGUAAAAAAAGAAAAAGAAACAAUACAUACAACUGCGAAAAACAUGCAGCAAAACAGCAACAAUUGCAAACAAAAGCAAGAAAGAGAAAAAAACAGAUGCAUAUAACAAAUCACGCAUGCUAUCUUAAACAUACGGACAGAAUAAAACUUCAACAUUGCCGUUAGAUUAAAGCAAAAUGCUAACAUUGAUAAAACAAAAACACAAACAAUCAAGCCUCGGUAGCAAAUUUUGCAAAAGCGAAACAUUAUCAGAUUAUCAUCAAACACUCCGCCGACAAGCGUAACUCGCGAAGCAAGAAGAAAAGGUAAAGUACGAAUGAGCCAUUCGCAGCAGGAAAGACCGUUUAGUGAUAAAAGUUCUGCUUAUAGUGCACAACCAUUUUCAACGAUUGAUUCAGAAACUAUGAUAUGUGUGUGUUUUGGUGUUUGUAAAAGAUGUAAGAACAAACCUGAAACAAAAAACAAAAAACAAAAAAACAAAAGAAAAAAGCAAGUGAACAAAGCGGAGUAAAACAAAGAGGUGAAAGGUUGAAAAGAAGACCGGCUGAACAGAUGAAUUGAUAUAAUAGAUACAACAGACAGAAACAUAACACACCAGCAAAACAAAAAGCUCUUAACGCAAAAACAUGAGAUGAAAGAUGGGUCAAAGAAUCGUAUAAAAUGCUCAAUCAGCUAUUUUUCAUCGCUGCGCGCAGGUGUGUUUUUGUUUGCUCUUGAAACACAGGCGGCAUCCUUACAUAUUUCUUCACCUGACACUCGUCCAUCAUCACACAUCAUUUCAUCGCUGCUGGUUGACAAGAAUCGUUCGAUCGUUAGCGUCGGUAAAGCUAUUCUUAAGGUACGCGACAUUUGCGAGACACUAACUAUAGUGUAUGUAUAGCUGUAGCGCGCAUGUUUAGAGCAUAAAUGAAAGCGAUUGUAAUGAUAGAGAGAAGGAGAAAGCGAAGAGCUCCCCGCGCUCGUGUUGUCCGUAGAACUAUGCAUUAAAAAGAACGACACCUUGCAUGAACCCGUCGUCCCACGGGAGAGGCUCUUGUACAAGAAGGCGCCCGAUUUCCCAGCCCAAUCGAAGCUUCCUUCAUUUUCACCCUCCCAUCCAUCCUUAUACCGACAUCAUCUCCUACACGCCCAUAGUUCGUAACCACUGUGCCAUGUGUGUGUUUACACAGGCCACCUCCAAAACACGUACAUCUCAAUGAUCUCAAGUGAAAUAAAUGAAAUACUUAGUUUCGACUGUCCUCUGAUUUAAAAAAAAAAAAACAACUAAAA